AUGGACGCCUGGCCUCAGGAAAUCCGUGUCACCAGGAGCGAGGACGAUGUGACCAAGUGCGAUGUGUCGCUAAAAGUCCUGCGCCACGAGGCAAUACAAGGGAAACUGUACAAAAUCUGUGCUCUACAGAACAGCGACUUGCCGGCCCUGUGGUUAAUAGCCAAGCAAAAAGCGAACCAGUCUCUGCUCGAGAAGUUUACUGCUAGUCGUGAUGCGACGCUGGAUGAAUUGCGCAUCGUGAUCGGUCGUGAGGGUCAAGACUCGGAGAAGAUAUUCUUUACAUUCAGGGACGCUUUGAACAACGAUCUCCGAGGAUGGGGUUACAUUAGCAUGCCAAGCAAUCACGCCGAGUUGAAGUCGACCAUGUUCUUCUCAGAGCAGAGCAGACGCGUCGAUCUCGGAGUGGCGAGCAUGUUCUUGGUAUGUCGGAGUGCAUUUAAGUGCGACGGAUACACGAGUGUUGUUGGAGAGUCCGGGCAAUACGAGCUGGAGAGUGGGUAUGGCGUCCUGCAAGGCAUAGGCUUGCCAGAGAUACCCCGACGUCGAUAUUGGGAUAAGGUGCGAAGUACGACCACGGAUCUUUACCUCAUCCCUCGUACCGAAUGGCCAGGUAUCAGGGCUGGGAUGGAGGCCUGGCUGGGGUCUUUCGGAGAAAAGAAUUUGAGCGAGAAGUGA